AUGACCAAACAGAAUAAUGUAGUGGUGACACCUGAAGUUAAGUCAUGCAUUAACACGCUUAUCUCCACCGUGGUUUUGCCUAGUGCAGCAACCGCGCCGGAAUCUAUGGCGGUGAUCGGUGGUCUUUUGGGUUUCUCUCAUAACAAUUUUAUUAAGAGAUUGGAAGGUAGCAAUGUUACUGGUUGGAUUGAUUCAAUGAGAGCCGCUUCUCCAACUCGCGUCAAAUCUUCGGAAAAUUAUCAAGAAAAAUGUUCAUGGAUUCUUUUUCAUCCUUCAGCACUGAAAUUGUUUGAUCAAAUAUUGUUUAGUGCAAAAGGAAAACAGAUUGUGUUUUUUCUCGACUACGAUGGAACUCUCUCUCCUAUUGUUGCUGAUCCAGAUAAAGCUUUCAUGACUAGAAAGAUGAGAGGAACGCUUAAGGAUGUAGCAAGAAAUUUCCCUACAGCAAUAGUGACCGGAAGGUGCAGAGACAAGGUAUUUAACUUCGUAAAAUUGGCGGAGUUAUACUAUGCAGCAAGCCAUGGUAUGGACAUCAUGGGACCAACAAAAACCCGAAAUGCUGAAAAAAGUAAAAGUGAUAGGAGUAACAAAGCAGUGUUGUUCCAACCCGCACGUCAAUUCCUUCCAAUGAUCGACGAGGUAUAUAAAAUUUUGUUAGAACAAACAAAAUCUGUCGCCGGAGCCAUGGUAGAGAACAACAAAUAUUGCUUAUCCGUGCAUUUCCGAUGUGUUGACGAAAAGAGUUGGGCUCCUUUGGCUGAGAAAGUGAGAUUGGUACUGAAUGAAUAUCCAAAACUUAGAUUAACACAAGGAAGAAAAGUGUUGGAGAUUCGUCCCACUAUCAAAUGGGACAAAGGGAAAGCUCUUGAGUUUUUGUUGGAAUCGUUAGGAUAUGAGAAUUCUAAUGAUGUUUUUCCAAUCUACAUCGGUGAUGAUCGAACUGAUGAGGAUGCUUUUAAGGUUUUGAGUAGAAGGGGUCAAGGGGUUGGGAUUCUUGUUUCUAGUGUUCCAAAAGAAACAGAUGCUUCCUACACACUGCAAGAUCCAUCAGAGGUUGAGAAUUUUUUGCGGCGAUUGGUGGAAUGGAAAAGAUUGAGUACUAAUGUGAACCCCACAAGUGCAUAG